GUGUGUGUGUGUGUGUGUGUGAGGGUGCGACCCCUCUCCCAUGCUCCUGGCCUCCCGUGUCAUUCCAGCUAUGGCUACAGGAUGGCUGGACUGUGCACUCAUGCUCUGCUGCUAGCUGCUUGCGCUCUUCCAUGUUCAAGCUUGACACCCCCUGCCCAGGUCUCUCCACCACAGCAACAGCCCCUCAGCCUGGCCCUCAACAGCAGUGAUGCCGGCCUGCUGCUGGAUGUCCCUGUGGCUCUCAGGGUUUUCAGCGUGGACUACCACCAUGUACAAGCGCCGUUUGAGAUCGUGCUUUGGAUCAUGCUAGCUUCAUUAGCCAAGUUGGGGUUCCACUGGUCAGGCCGGGUCCCUGCUGUCGUCCCGGAGAGCUGCCUGCUCAUCAUGGUGGGUCUGAUGGUGGGCGGGGUCAUCUAUGGCGUUCGCCACUCGGCCCCGCCCACUCUCAGCGCGGACGCCUUCUUCCUCUUCCUGCUCCCGCCCAUCGUGUUGGACGCUGGCUACUUCCUGCCCGGGCGGCUCUUCUUUGAGAACCUAGGUACCAUCCUCUGGUAUGCUGUGCUGGGGACCCUGUGGAACGUGAUGGGAAUCGGCCUGUCGCUGUACGGCGUGUGCCUGCUGGCCCCGGAGUCUCUGGGGGACGUGUCCCUCCUGCACUGCCUGCUGUUCGGCUCCCUGAUCGCGGCCGUCGACCCCGUGGCCGUGCUCUCCGUCUUCCAGGAGAUCCACGUGAACGAGCAGCUCCACAUCCUGGUGUUCGGCGAGUCCCUGCUCAACGACGCCGUCACUGUGGUUCUAUAUAAGCUCUUUGAAUCCUUCCUGCGCAUGCCCACCAUCUCGGGCGUGGACGUCCUUCUGGGGGGCUGCCGGGUGGUGGUGGUGGGUCUGGGGGGCCUCUGCCUGGGCCUGUUCUUCGGCCUGCUGGCCGCGCUGACCUCCAGGUUCACGUCGCGGGCGCAGGUCAUCGCGCCGCUCUUCGUCUUCCUCUACUCCUACCUGUCCUACCUCACCUCCGAAAUGCUCCACCUCUCUGGGAUCAUGGCCAUUGUGACGUGCGCGGUCACCAUGAAGCAGUACGUGGAAGCCAACGUGUCCCAGCGCAGCAACACCAGCAUCCAGUACUUCCUCAAGAUGUGGAGCAGCGUCAGCGAGACCCUCAUCUUCAUCUUCCUCGGGGUGUCCACCAUCCAGGACGUGCACAUGUGGGACUGGCCCUUCGUCUGCUCCACCCUGCUGCUCUGCCUGCUCUGGAGGGCGCUGGGGGUCCUGCUCCUGACGGCGGUGGUCAACAAGCUGCGCAGGAACGCCGUGACCUUUAGGGAUCAGUUCAUCAUCGCCUACGGUGGCCUGCGAGGCGCGAUCUGCUUCUCCCUCGUCUUCCUCAUCGACGACUUCCCGAAGAAGAGGCUCUUCAUCACCACCACCAUCGUGGUCAUCCUCUUCACAGUCUUUGUUCAGGGGAUGACCAUCAAGCCUCUGGUGGAGCUGCUGGAGGUGAAGAAGCGAAAGAGAGCUCUGCCCACCGUGAGCGAGGAGAUCCACAGCAGGAUCCUUGACCACCUGCUGGCCGGGAUAGAGGAUGUGGUCGGAUAUUGGGGACAGCACUACUGGAAAGACAAGUUUGAGCAGUUUAACAAGAAGUAUCUGCGACGUUUCCUGAUCCGCGAGGAACGCCAGGAAUGUUCCAGCAUCCUCCGAGUUUACGAGGAACUGGAGAGACGAGAGCAGAGGGGAGAAGAGGAGACGCCGAUAACACAAGUGGAGCAUUGCUCCCAGGAAAGAACCCUCAUCCUGGAGUCCCGCCCCCACAGCAGGCCCCUCCUCCCGGAGGAGAUGGACAGCAUCAGACGCAUACUCUCCAGGAACCUGCACAACUUCAACAACAAGCAAACCCCAGCCUACAGCCGCCACACUCUUCACCAAGAGUCGUCCACCGACCGGGUCCGGAAGCCCCUACACAGGCGCCAGAGUCUGGCAGAGAGCAGCUCCUACCCCUCCUCAGCCCAGCACGGCCCCCAGGGGGAACGUCUGGAGCUCAGUGGAUCCCAACGGAAACGGACGGGCCUCAGCCGUUCUCACACAGUGUGCUCCACAAGCCCCAGGCCGGGGCCUCUGGACAGCCCAGACCCAGAGCCCGCUGGUCAGCCGCAGAGAGAGGGCCAGGGCCCAGCAGCCGGUGGGGACCCCUCGCCGGCCCCCCCCCAGACCCCUUCAGAGCACCAGGAGCCCCUCAGGAGGCCCCCGAAGAAACAGCUCAGCUUUGCUUUUGAGAACGAGAAGCAGGCAUAAAGACCGACCUGAACAAAAAAAAGCCUAAAGAUGUUUAAGAAGUGUAAAGGACACAGCUUUCAUGUGUAUAAAAGUAGCGCCCGUGAAUAGCUAAAUUGCUAAAGCUAGUUAUCAUAUUUUACCUUUCUUUCACGGAGUGUCAGAGUGCGUGCCUGUCCUGAUGAUUAUGUUGUUUAUACAGUAUAGCAUCCAAUAAAGAUGGGGACAUGGAUGGUC